AUGAUCGUAUGGAUUAAAGUAGGAGUUUGCACGGCCGACUCGAUCAUUAAUCUGGCUCUCUGCUGCCUUGGCUAUGUUCCAGGGCUGCUACAUGCCUGGUAUAUUAUUCUUAAGUACCCUGAGCCAGAUUAUGAUGAUGCAGUCUAUGAGCCAAUCCCCAGAGGCCCUGGUCAGGACAGAGAUGUUGAGCACGGCCGAGUGACAUACUACUAUGUUACUCACCAACCUGUCCAGCACCCAUCACCAAGAGCUUAUGGCACUCUAGCUUCGCAGGAUGCCACUGAUGCUAACCAGCGGUCUGAGAGUCGACAGCCCGCCCCAAAGCCACAACACGAACAGCCCCUGGGUGGUAGCAGCAGCCAGACCCACGACGAGUCUCGACCACCUCCCACAUACGCUGAAGCGGUGAAAGGAGACAAUAAAGUGCAGACGGAUGAUUGA